ACACUCUCUCAGAGAAAGCCAACGAAUGCGUCUGCAUGUCUGAGUAAGUCAGUGAAUCGAUUCUUCCUCCAGUGGACCGAGCCAGACAGCAGCAUAUACCCAAUUGAAGAGUGCCUCUCCUGGGCUCCAGUGGUGCUCAGAGCCAGUUGAUUCCACAAGGGAACCACAGACACUGGCAGGAGGACUGGAGGAGGUGGAGGAAAGGGGAGGAGGGACGCCGGUUAACUGAUUAAAGCCCUCUCUGUUUCUCUCUCUCUUUCAUUCCCUCUGAGUGAGGAGAGACAACUCUAGGCACUGCAUGCUGUAAUCACAUUGCUUCUGUGUAAUUUGCUCCUCUCAAUUACUUGUCCUUCCUCCCUUAUUUUUGUCUUAUUUAUUUAUUUUUUUACACUGCUGCAGUCUGGAGAAAAGGCAGAGCACGAUUUAAAAGGACUUGUGGGUCUCUUGUGCUGCCUCCUUCUUUCUCUCUCUCUCCUUCUUUCUCUGUCUUUUUUUAAAUGUAAGUGGAAGGUGGGAUUGGGGGGAGUGGGGAUAAACCGUUGUGGCCAGCUGGAGAGAUGGGCAAGUCCAACAGCAAACUAAAGCCUGAGGUAGUGGAAGAGCUGUGCAGAAAGACCUACUUUACAGAGAAAGAAGUUCAGCAAUGGUAUAAGGGUUUUAUCAAAGACUGCCCCAGUGGUCAGUUGGACGCAGUUGGCUUUCAGAAGAUCUACAAGCAGUUCUUCCCCUUCGGUGAUCCCACCAAAUUUGCUACUUUUGUCUUCAAUGUCUUUGACGAAAACAAGGAUGGACGCAUUGAGUUCGCCGAGUUUAUUCAAGCUCUGUCUGUCACAUCCAGAGGGACACUAGAUGAAAAACUCAGAUGGGCCUUUAAACUUUACGAUCUUGAUAAUGAUGGCUUCAUAACCCGAGAUGAGAUGCUGAACAUUGUGGAUGCCAUCUACCAGAUGGUGGGGAACACAGUGGAGUUACCGGAGGAGGAAAACACACCAGAAAAGCGAGUCGACCGCAUCUUUGCUAUGAUGGAUAAGAAUGCAGAUGGGAUGUUGACUCUGCAGGAGUUUCAGGAGGGCUCCAAGGCAGACCCCUCUAUUGUACAGGCACUCUCCCUUUAUGACGGUCUGGUGUAAGCCCAUCAUAAAGUGCCAUUCAGUAAUCAAUACAGCCCAUUUAUGUCAUCCUGCUGGCACAGUGAGAGGAAAGCUGACCUGUCACCAAUCUCUUGGACCUGCCAACAUGAAGGUGCAUUGUGGGUGCUGUUCUUAAGAGGGGUCAGCUGUCAAUCACUCAUCUCCAUUGUUCCUGGAAAAUCUGCUCAAGACAACAUAAAGCCAUGCAGAACUCAUUUGGGAUGAGUGAUGAACAGUAAAAGAACCUUUUUGUGAAGAAGGAGAGACACUCAUGUAGACAGUGAUUUUGAAGGCAUCCACAUCAGUGUUAUUAAAUAUAAAACUCAAAUAUUCUAAACACCAUUGAAUGAGUUCCUUAUAGCUGUGGACAUUGUCCUAGGAUGGACCUAGCUGGAUUUUGGUCUAUCCUUCAUUACAUGAUGAACAGAGAUGCAGUUGCAUCAUUCCACAGAGCUUCAGCAAACACUGGCAUUGAACAACAUGCAUUUAGUUGUAUUUAUUUAUAUGACCUUUCUUGUAAAUUAGCAAUCUUCAACAAUAAACAAAAAACGUAUAAAUCUCCAUAUAAA